UGUGACGUCACUAGCUAAAGCACACGGAAGUGGUUUGAGAACUUGUCAACAAGAGAGGCCGCCUGACACGGUGAAGUCUUCCUGAACAGAACCUCAUAAAAUGGCACUUCUCUGACAUCGUUCCCCUCCAACCUUCUGAAGUCUUUUUUAGUUUUUACCUUUUUUUUUUUUUAAAUAUAAUUUGCAACACUUCAGGGGGGAGAAGCAUCGCCGCGAUGACAGUCGCUCACAACCUCUGCGCCCUGCUGCUUUUCACCGUGACAGCAUGCAGCCGUUUCCAGCCUGCCCUCUGCUCUGUCCGCUGUGGACAUUCCUUCCAAGUGUUAGAGAGCAAAGUGGGACAGAUCAGGAGCUCUGCUUACUACAGCUGGUCCUACCGCUUCGGCUCUUCCUACGACUGCUGGGUCAUCAAGGGUUCGGAAGGAGAACCCGUCGUUCUCAGCUUUUCCCAGUUCUCCGCACGGUGUAGGAAAGAAUGGGUGUCCAUAAAAUCAUCAGCUGGCGGCGAGCCGGUCGUGCUCUGUGGCUCCAAGUUGCCGCAGCCGUUAGAGUUUCCAGGAGGAAAUAUUACAGUGACACACCACUUCCUCCCUCAUCAGUUCCCCGUGUCAUCUUUUCUGCUGAACUAUGCCAGAGACUCUGGCGAAUGCCCGGUGACGUCCUUCGAGUGCCUCGGCGGCCGCUGCCUUCCUCUCUCUUGGCGCUGUAACGGCCGCGUGGAGUGUCUCGAUGAAGGCGCCGGCAUCGGCACCGACGAACAGGGAUGCGACGAAACCACAGAGCCCACAAAGUUUGGCAGCACAGAGGAGGAAGAGGACAAAGCUGAGCCGAACAAUGACCACGAUCGCGACUCGGACGGACAAAAGGCUGGAGAUAAGAGGCCCGAGAGAGAUCCUCUGUGGGAGCUGCUGAACGACAGGGAGCAGGAGGAGGCCCAGGUAGAUCGAGAGCAGCUGCAGACUCACAGAGGGCUUGUCGUGACGCCCACUCCCAUUGAGUGGCCCUGCGGAGGCCUCCACCAGACCUUCUAUGGGACCUUCUCUCCUCCAGCCAUCCGGGGCCCUCCACUGUUCUGUGUGUGGACUCUGGACCCUCAGGACUCGAGGCCACUGAGACUGGACCUGCAGCAACUGGUGCUGGGGCCCGGGGAUAGACUCACUGUGUACAACAGAGAGCAAGGCAAAGGAGACAUCAUUAAAAUUAUCACCAGCGCCUCCAAUUACAAAUCAGUCCAAGUCGAGUCCCACACCGGCCUGCUGUCGCUGACGUACGAGACCCUUCGCGACUCGGAGGGAAGCGGCUUCAACGCCACGUUCCACGUCGGGAGCUACUGCCCACCUUGGGAGGGCCGCUGCGGGGGAGCGGCGGGAGGUUGCUUCACUCAGGAACAGCGCUGCGACGGGAAGUGGGACUGUCCCGAGACGGGGAAGGACGAGCAGGGAUGCAGGGGCUGCAGUCCGAACCAGUUCGCCUGCGGGGUGGCGGGCCAGAGGGCGGUGGCGUCCAGUCAUUUUCCCAGCAGGCCCGUGUGCUACCCGGUCACAGAGAGAUGCAACUACCAGCUGUACUGUGCUGACGGCAGCGACGAGAGGGACUGCUCCGUGUGUCAGCCGGGGACCUUUCAUUGUGAUAGCGACAGGUGUGUGUUUGAGAGCUGGCGCUGCGACGGCCAGGUGGACUGUAAGGACGCCACGGACGAGCUGAACUGCACCGUCAUCCUGCCUCGCAAGGUCAUCACCGCGGCAACGGUGGGCAGCCUGGUCUGCGGGCUCCUGCUGGUCAUCGCCAUGGGCUGCACCUGUAAACUGUACUCGCUCAGGACCAGGGAGUACAGCUUGUUUGCGCCGAUCAGUCGUCAGGAAGCAGAGCUGAUCCAGCAGCAGGCUCCUCCCUCCUACGGUCAGCUGAUCGCCCAGGGAAUCAUCCCUCCGGUGGAGGACUUCCCCACGGAAAACCCCAACGAGACCUCGUCUCUUUCUCUGAGGGGAAUACUCCAGCUCCUCCGUCAGGACGCCGCCAACUCCCCGCACCGCAGACGCAGGCCCCGGUUCGUCCGCCGAGCUGUUCGCCGCAUGAGGAGGUGGGGUCUUAUCCCCAGACCUCCCUCCAGGCCGAGUCAGGCGUCAAGCGCCAGCCAGCAGCAGUCAGACGCCGCUCCCUCUGGUCAGGACCCGGCCCACUCCACUCCCACGAGCUCCUCGUCGGCCGUGGAGGCGGUCAACCAGCCGGUGCCGCAGAAACUUGGCUUGUUGGCUCAGACGGAACAGCAGCAGCAGCAGCAACAGCAGCAGGAAGCGCCACCUCCUCUAAUGCAGCUCCCCGACGCUUCCCCACCUCCGCCGCCGUACGCUCCCCCAGCGCCGCCCGCGGACACUCCCCACACUCCUCCCGUCACCGUCCCGCCUAGCAGCCCCUCUCUGGCCUCCAUCUUCCACACGCUGGGCCUGAGUAUCUCCCUCUUCAGAGCCUCGCCCUCGCCCUCCACCAACUCCAUGCCCCUGUCCGCCUCCCCUUCUUUCUCCUCGUCCUCCUCAGACGACGAGGUGCUGCUUAUCCCCCUGUCUGAAGACAACACUUCAGAGGAUGACGUACCCAUGCUCACCUAAAUCACCACCUUACCCGUUACCCCGACACCCCUUCCUUUAUCUCCUCUACUCACUGAUAAUAACUGAAACCCAGUCUUUCCACGUUUGUUUGAACUUAAAGCACAGGAGUGGCCCACGGCAAGACUCACCCUCACUGUGCAAGUCUGGUGCCUUUUUUUGAAAUGGCUUCGAGUUGCAUUUGACUUACGGAAACAAAAAGUAUUUCACCUUUUUUUUUUUUUUUUUUUUUAAAGAAGAAGACCUCCUUGAGAAAGUUUUUAGAAGAACAGCAUGGGUGACGUAUGUUUGAUAGUGAGCGUAGGUGAGUAUCGGAUGUGCACUUAAUGAACGCUAGGCUGCACAUUGAAGGUAAACUUUUGCACAGAAGAAUCUUCCCUAUCCAGAAACUGAGUCAGGCUACUGUCAGGUUUGAAUGAUUUUAGAGUUUUUAGACACGACAUGAUGGGAACAUGAUUGUGUUUGUAUGACGUGUGAAUGCAUUUGCGUUUUAGUCUUACAUUGACAGCGGAGUAUGUUUGUAGAUGUGGACUGUCUCCACAUACUUCUGCCACUUGCAUCCAGUCUCAUGUUACAUCACAGAUAAUUAUAGAUAGAUAUAUGUGUAUAAAAACAAAAACAAGAAGAAUCAUUUUCCCUAUUUAAGUGCCUUUUUGAGGAGUUUCCUGUAAGAUGGCUCGAGGAGAUUUCGAUGAUUCCCGAGACACACACACACACACACACACACCGCACACCAAAACACACGGAGGCACAUGUUUUUCUCACAUCAUAGCACGCGUCGACACAUCAGUGGCUUUUAUUAUAACGUGACAAACAAACAAAAAAGAAGCAUGUCUACUCUGCAAGCUGGCAAUAACUGUUCGGGACCCCUGUUUCAGUGCACAUUGAUUGCAACACACACACACACACACACAUACGUGUACCCUUUUCAAGUGAAUGUAUGUAACCUGCAAAAGCAAACGUGUCAAAAGACAAUCUCUCUGGUGCCUGAUUUUAGGAUGUGUGUGUGUGAGCGUGUAUGUGUGUAUAGCGUGCACGGGAAGAUGAGGCGCUCCCGGCGACGAAUCCACGAAAUAACCUCAACUUGAACCCUCGCCGCGGUGACUCGAUCGCAUCCUGUCAUGUUUUUGACACAACAGACUUGUGGUGUGCCAUUUGUAUUAUUGUACAUUUUUCGGUGUUUUUUUUUUCUUCUUCUUUUUCUUCCUCUUAAGUUCUGUUUCGCUUUGUUGAAUGUAUUAGGGCCAACGUGGAGUAGCCGGAAGUUUUAAAUUUGCAAUGUUAAUGACGUAAAUAAGAGAGAAAGUGAUUUUAUGGUUUAUUAGGGUCAACUUCACUGUAUAUAUAUAUAUAUAAGUAAAAAAUGUGGCUGAGAUUAAAACGAUUUGCACUUUUA